CCCCUCAUGAAAUUUUUUUUUUUUUUUUUUGUUUUUUGUUUUUUGUUUUUUUUUGAGUUUCCAAUGGCUCUCUCCCAAAGCCUCUAGUAGGACAAACGGAGUCGUAGCACCCAAAACCAAACCCCAAUCGGAAUCCGCAAACCAUCGACUUUGACAUCGAAAUCUGGGGAACCCAACUGGCGCAGCGCAUUAAUGGUUUGGGGGUUCAACCUCAACGACUUUGCCAUCAAGGAAUUGGGAAUCAGCCAGGGCUGCACUGCACAAACACAUAAAAUAGACCUCUCCAAGCGGAUGCAAACCAACAAGUCGCCGACACCAUUCUUUGCCCGGAUUAACCAAAAAGCUGUUUUCUUUGGUUGGUUCCGAGUCUAGACAAAAGAGAGCGCCUAAAAAAUGUUUUUUAUUUAAAAAAAAUAAAAAUCAAAAAGUUAUUUAGGGUAUUUGGGUCAUUUUACGUUUUUCUCCUCCAUCUAACCAGGUAAGACCGGCUCCUCUGAACCUCGUUAACCCUCCCGUUUGGUUUCCAAGAAAGCGCGGGAAAAUUUCCAUUCUGCUAUGUAUUUGUAUAUUGUUGUUUUGAGUGGAAGUGUGGGAUUCAGUUACUGUGAAUUUUCCAUAUGUUGGUGUUAACUUUUGGUGGGAAAGUGUGAAAGGUUUAAAAUUUGUGGGUUUUCGUUGCUUUUUCUUGUAUUUCUUUCUUCAAUCAAACUAGGGUAUUCCUUAAAGUUCGUGAUCUAACUUUUUUUUUUUUUUGUUGCUUGUGUGGUUGUUUGUCUUGGUUUUUGCUCUGUACAAUGCAGUUCUGUACUGGGAAAGCAGAAUUUUUUAUCCGCUGAAUAAAGAAUUUUCUUGAGGGAAAAAGGAAAAACAGUUGGAUAGUUUGGAGAAGUAGUGUGACUGUUUGUGAGCUUUGAUGGGUUGUUCUCGUUCAGCUAGCAAAAAGGCUAAGGAAUUUGAGGGGCAGAUGCUUCAGCUGGAGUAUUUUGAUGACUUUAAGGAUGAUUCGAGGUUGAACAGGCGGUUGAGGAGAAAGUUAAAUAUGUUGGUUGCAAAUAAAAAUUCCAAGCGAAAGUACAAUGGCAAUGCCCCUGAGAGAAGAGUUAAAAACAAAAUGGAAGUCGAAGAAAUAAUAUGCUCGGAUGGUGUCAAAAACAAAAUGCAAGUCAAAGAGAUAAUACCCGUGGAUGAUGUUUGCUAUGACGAUGAUGAGAAUGAUUCUGAUUAUGAAACAUGCUUAAUGGAAGAUGAACAGUUCUGUACUGAUGCUACUACAUCUGUGCAAGAAGUUGGUGAUGAUGUUGAUGAUAGUAAUGAAUACAAUUCUGAUUAUGUAAACUAUGCAACGUACUUAAUGGAAGGUGAAAAGUCCUGUAAUGAUGCUCCAUCUGUGGAUGAAGUUGGUAGUGAUUGCCAUGGUUGUAAUUCUAGUUUUGAGGAAUGCUUAAAAGACUGGCGUGGACAUGGAAAGUCCCAAACUGAUGCUACAUCUGUGGGUGAUGUGUAUGAUGAUGACGAUCCUGAUUAUAAAGUGUUCUUAAAAUAUUUGAAGAAAAAUAGAAAUUCUUAUGUACUUCAUGUUUUUGCAGGCAGUGAGAUGUUGGAUCCGAUAAUGUAUGAGAAUGAUUAUAGGCCUCAAGACAUGUUCAAUCUGGAAACUGGAAAAACUUUGAAGAGCUGUCUAGUGAGUGGGAAGACUAAAGUUAAAACAACUUUGAGGGGGUUUUCAAAUAGACAAAAUAUGAGGACCAAGAAUAGUAUAAAAGACCGUAAGAGCCCAAGAACAUUGAAGAAAGCCGUGGAAACUUCGAAUAGAGAGGUUGGUAAAAGAAGAAAGGGUUCAGUAGUGAAGAGGAAUGCAAAUGCGAAAUGCUCUGGUCCUGUUUUUAGUAGGAUGCAAGGGUUUUCUAAUAUUAGAUCUGAUUCAGAUGCCACUCUUUUUACCAAGGAUGACGGCAAGGAUAAUGUUGAGUCUGAUGGAGAAAGAUCCUAUUUAAAGUUUUUGAAUGACCGUGCAAUAGAUGAUGGAGAAGUAGUAUCUGUAGGUCAAUCUGGUAACCCACUGAAAAUUGAUGAGAAUGAGAAGAGUGACUCUGAUUUAGAAGUGAUUGCAAUGGAUAAGGAUCCAAAUUGUAAUGAAGGUUAUACCCCAUUUGUAUUUGCAAGACCAUUUCAUGAGUGUAUGGCAGAUGAGGACUGGAUGAACCAUGGAAGCUUUGCUGCCUGUCAUUCCCUGUUUAGAGAUAAGCUUAUGGAGAUUCUUAAAAUGCCCUAUGAUCCGAAAGAGUAUAAAAAUCUUAUGAAAGAAGUAUCUUGUAGAAAGCCUAUAAUGCGAGAUAGAAUUUUGCGUGGUGUGACAAAAUCAUAUAAAUCAGACUCCAUUGCCGAAUCAUAUCUUCAACGGUGCACAGAGCUUGCAGAAAAAAUUGAUUUAGCAAGAGGUGAUCGACUUAGAACAUUGAAUCUUCUACGUGGAUUUUUCUACUGGUUGAAGAAUUUGUCCCAGGAAGGAGCAUUCCGGCCAUGGUUGGAUCCAAUAUGUUCGGAGGUGUUGCCGCCUUUGGAAUCACCUAUAGAUGACAAUGCAACAACAGAAUCUAAUGAGGAUGACAAGGCCCCACCUUUGGAAUCACCUAUGGAUGACAAUGCAACAACGGAAUCUGAUGAGGAUGACAAUUCAACAACGGAAUCUGACGAGGAUGACAAUGCAACAAUAGAAUCUGAUGAGGAUGACAAGGCGACAUCGGAAUCUGAUGAGUGAAUUAUAAAGUUGAAAAUGAGUCAGGGUAGUGCAAAGCUGACUGCUGCGUAUUGUUGAGUGGAAGUUGGCCGUGAACUUUGAUUGUCAAUUUUUUUUUUUACAAGCUAUCUUCAAUCUCCCCUCUUUGUUGUUGGUAUCUUUAAUCCAAGGGUUCUUCACUCUAUAGCAUGGUGAUUUUUCA